AUGUCUCGCAUGGCUCUGCCCAGUCGCAAACGCGAUCUGGCCUACCUGUUCUUCUUCGCAUCGCACAUUCCCAUCAUCUUCCUCGUCGACACGGUCCCCUUGCAACCAGCUUGGUUCCGCAGCAACCUCUCGGCCACGAUACGAGAGUACUACAUCGCGACAUAUCGGGACAAAUUCUUCGAGGAGCCGGCCCCAGUGUGGUUCAACGCGUUCAUCUGGAUGGAAUUGUUGUAUCAUGUCCCGGCGAGUGUGUGGGCUGUUUGGGGAUUGAUGAGAGAUCAACGAGCUAACCACCUCGACCUCUUCGGUCCUUCUGUUCUCACAGAUCACCCGCUCAUCCCCGUGCAUCUUCUCGUUUUUGGAGUCCAAGCCUUUGUCACUUCCCUGACAUGUCUCGUCGACGUGUGGAGUUGGACGGAUCGAUCGAUGGAAGAGAAGCAGCAGAUCACGUAUCUGUAUGGGCCUUAUGUUGCGCUAGGCGCCUUGAUGGCUCUCGAUAUGGUUCUUCGACUGCGCGCUCAACUGAUGCCCAAGGUCAAGCAUGAGUGA